GAGGCUUCUUCCUGGAAGAGGAGGUUGGAAGUUGGGUCUCGGUGGUGGUGGAGAAGGCGGCUACCAGUGUAAACCCGGGGCUGAGGUUCUUGAUCUUCCACAAUGGGUGAGCCACAGCAAGUAAGCGCCCUCCCACCCCCUCCGAUGCAGUACAUCAAGGAGUAUACAGAUGAAAAUAUUCAGGAAGGCCUCGCUCCCAAGCCUCCACCUCCAAUAAAGGACAGUUAUAUGAUGUUCGGCAACCAGUUCCAGUGUGAUGACCUUAUCAUCCGCCCUUUAGAAAGUCAGGGUAUCGAACGGCUUCAUCCUAUGCAGUUUGAUCACAAGAAAGAACUGAGAAAACUCAAUAUGUCUAUCCUUAUUAAUUUCUUAGACCUCUUAGAUAUCUUGAUAAGGAGCCCUGGGAGUAUAAAACGGGAAGAGAAGCUAGAAGAUCUUAAGCUGCUUUUUGUACAUGUGCAUCAUCUCAUAAAUGAAUACCGACCCCACCAAGCAAGAGAGACCUUGAGAGUCAUGAUGGAGGUGCAGAAACGUCAACGCCUUGAGACAGCUGAGAGAUUUCAGAAGCAUCUGGAACGAGUCAUUGAGAUGAUUCAGAAUUGCUUGGCUUCUUUGCCUGAUGAUUUGCCCCAUUCGGAAGCAGGGCUGAGAGUAAAAACUGAACCAAUGGAUGCUGAUGAUAGCAACAAUUGUGCUGGACAGGAUGAACAACAAAGAGAAAAUUCAGGUCAUAGGAGAGAUCAGAUUAUAGAGAAAGAUGCUGCUUUGUGUGUCCUAAUUGACGAAAUGAAUGAAAGACCGUGAAGGAUGUUUGUUUUUCUUCUUUUUUUUUUCCGUUUCAGUAAAUAGCAUAUAUAUUAGUUAAUUCACUUUUAGAGCACCUCAAAAGAGAGAGCACUAGAAGUCUUGCAAGCAGCUUGACUCUCCAACUUUCUCAAUUGUUAGACGUCACAGGCAGUUUAUGUCAUUUCACUUUAUGGCAAGCCUAGGUAAAUGAGUACGCCUACAUUAAGAGUAAUCACCUUAAUAAAAGCAGUGUUUGCCUCUA